CAGACAAUAAAAGACGAGGACAUGCCAUGUAUACACCAAAGCAAUGUCAUCUUAUCUUAGUAGUUUAAACAUAAAGAAUCGGUGCAUUGUACAAUAAUUUUUUUUUUUUUUUUUUUUGCCGGAUAUUUGCGUAUUGUUUUACGUAGAGGGCCGCAAAUUAAAGGAGACUAGCAUUCCGUGAGACAGGUAUCUAGUGAGACAAGCGUCUGAUGAGACAAGCAUCUAGUGAGACAAGCAUCUGGUGAGACAAGCAUCUAGUGAGACAAGCGAUGGUCAGACAAGCAUCUAGUGAGACAAGCAUCUAGUGAGACAAGCAUCUAGUGAGACAAGCAUCUAGUGAGACAAGCAUCUAGUGAGACAAGCGCUACUGAGACAAGCAUAUAGUGAGACAAGCGUCUAGUGAGACAAGCAUCUAGUGAGACAAGCGUCUGAUGAGACAAGCAUCUAGUGAGACAAGCAUCUAGUGAGACAAGCAUCUAGUGAGACAAGCAUCUAGUGAGACAAGCAUCUAGUGAGACAAGCGCUACUGAGACAAGCAUAUAGUGAGACAAGCGUCUAGUGAGACAAGCAUCUAGUGAGACAAGCGUCUGAUGAGACAAGCAUCUAGUGAGACAAGCAUCUAGUGAGACAAGCAUCUAGUGAGACAAGCGUCUGAUGAGACAAGCAUCUAGUGAGACAAGCAUCUAGUGAGACAAGCGUCUCAUGGGACAGGCAUCUAGUGAGACAAGCGCUAGUGAGACAAGCAUCUAGUGAGACAAGCGCUACUGAGACAAGCAUCUAGUGAGACAAGCGUCUAGUGAGACAAGCAUCUAGUGAGACAAGCGUCUGAUGAGACAAGCGUCUAGUGAGACAAGCGCUAGUGAGACAAGCAUCUAGUGAGACAAGCGUCUCAUGGGACAGGCAUCUAGUGAGACAAGCGCUAGUGAGACAAGCAUCUAGUGAGACAAGCGCUAGUGAGACAAGCGUCUGGUGAGACGAGUAUCUAGUGAGACAAGAUUGAAUAUGAAUGAGGCUUUCAGAGAUGUCCAUUCUGCUGACCAUGAACUUUUCAUCCCAACACAAGAAAAUCCUAUUGGACACAGAUUAGAUGUAGGGAACACCGUUACCCUGGAUCUACCGGCCUAUAAGGGGGAAAUGCUGAAUGUUGGUUACUCAUCUGCAGGCAAUCUCCUGACAGCCAAAUGCUCUAACCAACAACCACCAUUGCCACCGUAUCCCGACAACCUACAACAAUCUGCAGAAAGGUGUCUGCAGUCACCGACCAGCAACUUCAGAUCUAGCUCCGGUUACGUGGAUGUCCUGCAACCAGGUCAACCCAAAGCCAAUUUUGUUCUGCUUGUGUUCAACAAUGGCCAGGCCCUGGACUGGACUGUGGUUUGUGUUCUGGUCGUAGCGUUUCUACUGUUCAGCUAUUUGAAUUCUUGCUACCAGAGAUUACAGACAUGUUAAAGCAAGACCAUUACAGAGAUGGAAGAAAGUCUGCGCCACUUUUCAAGCGACAUUGUUUAAUGCUGUUUUUGAUCUGGUCUUAGGAUCUGGUCUAAGGAUCUGGACGUUGGAGUCUGCCUUGUGACGUCACUGCUCAAAACAACGAAAACAUGGGCUCAUUUCCCUCAUCUCCUUGCAGAGUUACCUGCAUGUUUCUAUAGACCUCUAGCGUGAGCGCUGAUCAAGUCUUGCCAUAAAGAAACAAAAUCUCUUCUAUUUCAGUUUCAUUGCCCACAUGCCUAUAAACAUUUUAAAGUUUUAUUUGGACAACUUAAUUAUCUCUCAUUAUUACAAAUAUUUUGAUUUCUUUUUUUUUUUUUUUUCUAAAUUUUUGACACGAUAUUGUUUUAUUAGCCAGAAAAAAAUAUGA